AUGCAUUCUUUCACUAAUUAUACCUGCUGACUACUGAACAGCGUAACGACAGGAAUCAUGAGGUGCCUGUUACUGCUUUGUGUGGUUUCAGUCAGUCUGUAUAUUUCUGAAGCCUGCACCUGUCUACCACUGCCUCCUAACGGAUGCAAAUCAGAUUACUCGAUUGUUGGGUGUGUACUCAAAGUCAAGAAAGUAGGUAAGACUCAAGCAGCCCAAUUUAUCUACACAGUAGCUGUUAGACGACUUUUUAAAGGCGCGAAGUAUUCCAAGUUGAAACGGGGACGAGUCGUCACGAUUAAAUCAGCAGUGUCCAGCGCCGCUUGUGGAGUUUCCCUGAAACCCAAAGCAACCUAUGUCAUUUCCGGAAGUUCACGUGGAAACAUUUUAAGAACCAACUCUUGCCAGUUUGUUAGAUUAUGGAAAUCCAUUCCAUUGAAAAAGAGAAAAUCCCUUUACUGCAAGAAACCGCAAGUCUAUGGAAAAAAGCAAUACAUAUUUGGCCGAAAACGUAAUCAAAAAAGAUAUGGGAGACGCCAAGGCAAACGAUACGGUAAAGGUUACGGCAGACGUCGCAACAAAGGUUACGGCAGACGUCGCGGAAAAGGUUACGGCAGACGCCGCGAACGAUUUUGGAAGAAUGGCGGGAGGAAAGGAAAGCGUUCCGGAAAUAAAGGAUAUUAUUAGUUAAUUUGACAACAAAAUAUCUUAUUGCAAGAUUAGAUGAGAUAUACAUAUGUAGAAUAAAACAUCUAUAAAUGCCUAAAAAA